CCCGCGCCUUUUGUUCUCCCGUUCCCCAGGCCCAGUCUCCCACGCAUCGCGGUUCUCCCCGUGUCCUUCGCGUGAGUUCUGCGACGACUACGCGACCGCCGGCGCCAGCGCCAGCGCCAGCGCCGCCGUUCGCCAGGUUUCCGGAUCUCUAUCUUCGGGUUGGAGCCCUUCACCGGCGACGAGCAGCCACCAGUGUUGCGAGUCCCGAUGGCGGAACCAGCGAAGCCCGAGGUGACGGAGGAAGCUAAGAUGGACCUGCUCGAGGACGACGACGAGUUCGAGGAGUUUGAGAUCGAUCAAGAGUGGGAUGACAAGGAAGAAGGCAAUGAAGCACUUCAGCAAUGGGAGGAUGACUGGGAUGAUGACGAUGUCAAUGAUGACUUCUCGCUGCAGCUGAGGAAGGAGCUGGAGAGCAAUGCGCCCAAGAACUAGCUAGCAUUUGCAUUUUGCAACUGUUAUUUGUUCUGGACCUUGGCAUGGCUACUUUGAUGUAGUCGCUGCAUUUGCUGUUGUUAAUACCUUGAUUACUGAAAGAUCUAUUUUCCGAGUUAUAUUAACCUGCUUUCAUCAUCAUCUAAUAAUAAUCCAAAUCUGAUCGGUCUAUUCAGAA